UUUCAGAGUGCCAUGAAAUUUACGUUUGCAAAAUACAGUACGUAAAUAGAAUAUCUGUUCGUAAUGAGUGAAACGCUACGCAACCAAGCUCGUGAAAUUGUUCAGGCCAUGAGCAGGUCCCGGCGCAGUGAUAGUACCCCCAGAAGGGGAUUCUUAAACCCAGAGCUCGAGGCCCUGGGCCGCAAGAAUGAUGAGCAACUGGCCAUGGAUCGCUUUCUGGCUAUUAAGCUGGAGCGGGAAAGUUUGCCAGAGGACACGCCGCUGCCCAUAUACUUGGCCUACCGGGAACCUAGAACACCCAGUCCCCCAAGCGUUUGGGAUAAAAAGGAACCAAAAAAAAAGUCUCGCCUAUUAGUCAGACUGCCAGGAGCAGCAGCAACAGCAACAGCAGCAGCAACAGCAACAGCAGCAGCAGCAGCAGCAGCAACAUCAGACACAGCAGCAACAUAAAGCGCAGCUCCCA